CACGUGUACGACAGCCACAAACAUUUUACGGCACGCGGAAGCAAAAUGGCGUCGGGCAGUGGGUCUAAGAAUGAUUUUCGGCGAAAAUGGGACAAAGAUGAAUAUGAACAGCUGGCCGAGAAACGCCUUACGGAGGAGAGAGAGAAAAAAGAUGGCAAGCCUGUGCCCCCCGUCAAACGGGAGAAUCUCCGCCACAGAGAUUAUAAAGUGGAUCUGGAGUCAAAACUGGGGAAAACUAUUGUCAUUACAAAGACCACACCACAGGCUGAGAUGGGGGGAUACUACUGCAAUGUCUGUGAUUGUGUUGUAAAAGAUUCCAUAAACUUUUUGGAUCAUAUCAAUGGCAAAAAACAUCAGAGAAACCUGGGAAUGUCCAUGCGAGUAGAACGUUCUUCAUUGGACCAAGUUAAAAAACGUUUUGAAAUAAACAAGAAAAAAUUGGAAGAAAAGCAGAAGGAGUAUGAUUUUGAGGAACGAAUGAAGGAGUUGCGAGAGGAGGAGGAGAAAGCAAAAGCCUACAGAAAGGAGAAGCAAAAGGAAAAGAAAAGAAAGGCAGAAGAAGAGCUCAACUUUGAAGACGAUGAUGAAAUGGCUGCUGUUAUGGGAUUCUCUGGGUUUGGUUCUUCCAAAAAAGGCCAUUGACCGAUUUCUCUUUUACCUGUUUGCUUACCAUCUUCUUUUCUGAAUUGGUAUCCCUGAACGCCAGGGUCCCAUGUCACUGAAAAAUGCAAGAACUUUUAUUGUUCUUUUUCAGGACCACAAAGCUUUUUUUUUUUUUUUUUUU